UGUAGAUUCUUUAGGUUAGUUUAAUUCGUUUCUCUAACAUUAUCUAAUGUUCCUUUGUCGACUAAUAUAGGACAGGUGUUCUUCUUCAUUAUGUUCUUCCUCCAUUUUCUGGCAUCCAUCAUUUUCACUUUCUUCUUUUUCUUUUAUUUUUAUAUUUUUAAUUUUUUUUUUUUUGGGUUUAAGCUCUGAUAUAUUUCAGUGUUUCAUACAAUCAAGCAACUCUCACCUUCAUAAAAGCUUACACUUUGUUUGUUCUUAAAUUCUUUUACGUGUCCUUUGUGCUUUAAAAGAAAUUUUCAUCACAGGUGAAAAGAUUAGUUAGUGACUCAUCUUUGCUUUUUGGAGUGGAACGAAGGCUGACUUAGGCAUAAGAAACACACCAAACCUUGCAUGAGGCUGUUAUGAAUUGCCUUCCUUACAGGAAAUGCAAUUUUAUUAUUUUUUUUCCCCACUUUUUCAUGAUCUCUCGUCUGCUUUUUAGUUCUUUGAAUUUGUUCAAAGUUAGGAUUUAAAGAACUAUAUUUUUUUUUUUGGAUUUUUUCAUCAUAUAUUUCCCGUUGCAUAGAGAUCAAAGUCUUAAAAGAGUUGGUAAAAAAAGAAGUCACCCACCAUCUGUUCGAUCUUUUUACUAAAAGGAAGUCCAGAUAUGAAAGUUGUAUUUUUUAGAAUAUAGAGACAUCCAACUUGUAGGUUUUUAUAAUUUCAAUUUGUAAUUUCAUUCUUAGGGAUUGUAUAUGAUUGAAUAAGAAAAGGGUGGUUAAAAGUGAUGAGUAAAUAAAUUUGAAUGAUGGAAAAAGUAUCUGGUCCUUGUGCUGUUAGUUUAGUUGAAGUGAUUCGAAAUAAUUCGAGAACGACGACACGCGCCGCCGCCGGCGUUAAUGGUUGUAAACUUGUUGCGGAGAAGGGGAGUUUGUUAUCGGAAAACGAAUCGGAUCAAACUUGUGAUAGAGGGGAUGAUAGGGUCGUUGAAUUGAAUCGAGUCAAGUCGGAUGAUAGUUGUAUUUCUAGAGAAUAUAAUCAAGGAAAUGAGGAAGAUGGAUCUAUAUCAUCUACUCAAUUUGUAGCUAGUGAUAUUAGUAGUAUAUCUGUUGAGGAAAAUUCUGGCUUAGAGGUUAAUUCCGGCAACAAGUCCGAUGAAUCCGAUAAGAAAUCAUCGGAAUCGGACUCGUUCCUUGACGUACCGCAACAAAAGAAGGUAAGAAAAACAGAAACCAAGUGUCUGUUUGAAUUAGGAAACAUGCCCCUUUGGGGAUUUACAUCCAUAUGUGGUAGGAGACCAGAGAUGGAAGAUGAUUUUGUGGCUAUACCUCAAUUUUUGCGAGUCCCUAGUCAAAUCCUCAAAGCCGAAAGUGUAACAAACGGGAUGAACCGUGACCUAACGGCUCAUUUCUACGGUGUCUACGAUGGACAUGGAGGGUGUCAGGUUGCGAACUAUUGUCGUGAACGUAUGCAUUUGGCUUUAGCCGAGGAGAUAGAAAAGGCGAAAUCCUGUAUCCGCGAGGGAAAUAUCAGGCACGAUUGGCAGGAGCUAUGGAAGAAAGCGUUCUCCAAUUGUUUCAUCAAAGUCGAUGCUGAGAUCGGAGGAGUUUGUAACGGUGUGAAUGAUACCGAUAACAAACCUAUUGCCCCCGAAACUGUCGGUUCAACAGCUGUAGUUGCGGUUGUUAGUCCAACUCAUAUAAUCGUCGCCAAUAGUGGCGAUUCGAGGGCAGUUCUCUACCGGGGAAAACAUCCGAUGCCGUUAUCAGUAGACCACAAACCUGAUAGAGAAGAUGAACAUGCAAGGAUAGAAGCUGCAGGAGGCAAGGUCAUACAAUGGAACGGAUCUCGUGUUUUAGGUGUUCUAGCAAUGUCAAGGUCCAUUGGUGAUAGAUACUUAAAACCAUGGAUAAUUCCCAAUCCAGAAGUAAUGUUUGUCCCUCGAGUCAAAGAAGACGAGUGCCUUAUCCUAGCCAGUGACGGGUUAUGGGACGUAAUAAGCAACGAGGAAGCUUGCGAAGUGGCUCGGAAACGGAUCCUCCUUUGGCAUAAAAAGCAUGGUGAUAAAUUACCUGCAGAAAGAGGUGAAGGAAUUGACCUUGCUGCUCAAUCUGCAGCAGAUUAUCUCUCAAAGCUUGCUCUUAGUAAAGGAAGCAAAGACAAUAUUACAGUCAUUGUCUUGGACUUAAAAGCACAGAGAAAAUUUAAGAAGAAAACAUGACGGCAAAAGGGUACCUUAAAAAUCUCAGACCCUUUUUGACACAUAUAUAUUGUUGUGUUCUAUAUCAUAAGGCUUUUCUUUUGUUCAAAUGAUAGAAACAAAUGCAUAUGAUUUAAGCCAAAUUAACCUUUUUACUUGGCUUAUUUGUAAUGUUAAAAAUGUUUAUCUUUGUAUACUGAAUCAUGCAAUAUAUAUACUCAAUUAACUUCUUAAUGACCAGGAAA